AUGGACUUCAAAAGGAUGGGAGAUUUAGAAAGUGCUGCGUACCUUAUGCUAUUGGUAAUUUUUACGUUCCUCGCAAUCAACGCAGGACUUCGCCUAUCGGCAGAGCGGAGAUUCUCUCGCGAGCACCAAUGUCGCAAGCCACGAGUGGCAUCCUCCGGAUUCCUUGGUGUUGGCAGAGUAACCUCUCUGGUGUUAGCCAUGAAGAAAUGCGAGUCCUUGGAGCUGAUGCGAAGCUGGCACCGUCAGAAUGGGACCACCUUCAAGACGUCACUGGGCCGUAUUGUCAUCAUUACCAUCGAGCCCAAGAAUGUCCAAGCCAUCCUUGCACUCAAGUUUAAAGACUUUGAUCUGGGCUCUCCUCGCAGCAAGGCAAUGUCACCACUUCUUGGACGGGGUAUCUUUACGAGUGAUGGCCAGUUAUGGGAACACUCAAGGGCUCUCGUGCGGCCGAAUUUUGUCCGGAAUCAAGUCGCUGACAUUGAUGUCUACGAAAAACAUGUCUCUAAUCUCAUUGACAAUAUACCCCUUGAUGGGUCGACCACUAUGGACUCUGCCACCGAGUUUCUCUUCGGAGAGUCUAUUGACUCGCUCGGUGCCGGAGAUAAGCAGCCAUCCUUCGCAAAAGACUUCAACAAGUCUCAGGAUGGAUUAGCUAUUCGUUCUAGACUCGGGCCUCUAAUGAUCUUUCACCGAGAUACUGCGUUCUCAAAGGCGACGGUCGAAGCCCGUCGCUUCGUUGAUCAAUUCGUUCAGAAGGCUCUGGACUAUCGAGCUGCAUAUGUUGAUGGUAAAGACACUGCCAAGGCUCAGGGCCAGCAAUACGUCUUUAUCUAUGAGCUGUCCAAGCAAACUGCGGACCGGACAGUGUUAACUGAUCAACUCUUGAAUAUCCUGCUGGCUGGACGCGACACUACCGCGGGUAUUCUGAGCAUCACCUUUUUCAUAUUGGCUAGGCGGCCUGAUAUUUGGAACAGGCUGAGAGAUGAAGUGCUGACGGUCCAGGGAGAAAGACCAUGCUUUGAAGACUUGAAGUCAAUGACCUAUCUUACUUGGGUCCUUAAAGAAACCUUGAGAUUGUAUCCCGCUGUGCCAGUCAACUCGCGGACGGCGAACAAAGACACCUAUCUCCCAGUCGGCGGUGGUCCGGAUGGCACAGACCCCAUUUUUGUUCCCAAGGGACAGGAGGUGAUAUACAGCGUAUACAGCAUGCAUCGUCUGCCGGCAGUAUUUGGACAGGACGCGACAGAAUAUCGUCCGGAAAGAUGGGCUAGUCUGAAGCCGGGAUGGGCUUAUAUCCCAUUCAAUGGCGGGCCAAGGAUCUGCCCGGGUCAGCAGUUUGCCUUGACAGAAGCCAGCUAUACCAUUAUGCGUAUUCUUCGACGAUUCAAGAGUAUUGAAUGUCGAGAUGGGCAGCCUUUCAAGGAGGCCCUGACGCUGACUCUGGCGAGCAAGAAUGGGACGAAGGUGUGUCUGACGCCAGCAUAG